GGGAAGUGUCGCUCACACUGCAAUGGAGGGAGUGAAGUUUGUCGUGUUCGCGGUCUGGAUUGUCGCUGUGUGCGGAGAAACUUUUGUGGAUAAGGCUGGAGCGCCAGUCCCGCUGGUUAUAUGGCAUGGCAUGGGCGAUUCCUGCUGCAACCCCAUGAGUAUGGGGGGCAUAAAGAAGCUGGUGGAGCAGCAGAUCCCUGGAAUAUACGUGCUGUCUCUGAAGAUAGGAAACACCAUUCCCUAUCUAAGAAAUAGUUUCGGUCAGGUCGAUAUUGUUUGUAAUCAGCUUGCACAGGACCCAAAUCUUCAGCAGGGCUACAACAGCAUGGGCUUCUCCCAGGGCGGACAGUUCUUGAGGGCUGUUGCCCAGAGAUGUCCUUCACCUCGUAUGAAGAAUCUCAUUUCAAUUGGAGGACAGCAGCAAGGGGUUUUUGGCUUCCCUCAAUGUCCUGGAGAACGCUCACGUUUUUGUGACUGGAUCAGAAAGCUUUUGAAUAGGGGUGCUUACUCCAAGGCCUUGCAGGAAUAUCUGGUGCAAGCAGAGUAUUGGCAUGAUCCACUCAAUGAAGAGGAAUACAGAAAUGGCAGCAUUUUCCUGGCAGAUAUCAAUCAGGAGCGGGGUAUAAAUGAAAGUUACAAGCACAAUCUCCAGGCUCUGAAUAAGUUUGUCAUGGUGAAAUUCCUCAAAGAUUCCAUGGUGGAUCCUGCUGACACAGAGUGGUUUGGAUUCUAUAAGCCUGGACAAAGCAAAGAGGUCGUGAUGUUGCAAGAAAGCUCCUUGUAUAUCGAGGAUCGCUUGGGUUUGAGAGAGAUGGACAAGGCUGGAAAGCUGGUGUUCUUAGCUGCAGAUGGUAACCACCUCCAGUUUUCAGAAGAAUGGUUCAAUGAGAAAAUCCUGCCUUUCCUCCACUAAUGUUUUUGCAGCUUAUUUCCUAAAAAAAAAAAGGCAUUCCUGCCAAUUGCACUAGAUUAACAUUCACUAUAACUUGAACCUCUUACCAUUAGGACUAGGAGCAAUAACAAUGCACAUACUCCCCACAAAGUGGAAGCAUUCAUUUACUACAUUAUUUCUACCUUAUCACUAGGGUAC